AUGGAGAAAAGGGGCAAGAAAAUGGGACUUGGAAGAAACAAGGGCUUCUCCUUUUGUGGUCUGAAGAGGUACCUGGAUCGCAGCUCCAAAGGCAGAGAGGGGCUGGGGGUUCACAAGAGCGUGGAAGGGACGCCCGAGCACCACGGGACCCUGCGGCAGGGGCAUCAGACUUCAGCUGAGGCCUUGAGGAUGCUGAAUGUUGCCAUACCCAGCAGAGCGCACAGCCAGCUGGCCCGUCGAGCACGGAGGCGUCUGGGGGAGCAGGGCCCUCAGCAGGCUGCACCCACCGGAGCUAACAGUCGGCGACGCAGGGACCCGCCUAGUCCCCAUGUCAGCACCCAGCAGGCCCUCGUCCCCCUCGGGGGGCGCUUCCCACCCCUUCGAUGCCCCCGCCUGUCUCUCUUCGCCUCCACGGCGCCCGCUUCUGCAUGCGUUUCCCCAGCCUCCCCGACUCCCUGCCUCCCCGCCACCAUCACACACGUGCACACCCGCCCCACUCAUGAGCACGCACGGGCACACACGUUUUCAGGUGGAACGAAGCCUGUUGUCAAAACUUCCUUCGCCUCGGUUCACUCCGGCCUGACUUUGCGAGAUGCGAGUGCCUUUAUUCAGGCUGCAGGAAAGAGCGCUAAACCAGAUGUCAGGGGCCUGGGUUUCUGGAAGCCAUUCCACUUCUCUCCGAUGAGACGUGUGACGUGUGAAGAGGCGGCCCUGGCAGGAAGCCAGCCCUGCUGUGCACGAGGGCCCACUCACGCCUGGCCCCGGGCGCCCCGCCUCGGUCUGCAGGGCCGGCUGCGCUUCCCCGGGCUCGCCGGCUCCCCCACCAGCGAUGCUCCUGGGGAGGAAGGCGCAUUCUACUCUGGUCCCCAGAUGCUGCUCUUUGGAAAAUGGAGCCAAGGGGAACGAAAGGCGUUUAUUCGUGUCUUUGUGCGUUUCCUCGACGAUUCUUUGUUGAGCAUCUGCUGUGUGACGGGCACUGGAACCACCUCCGCGUUUCACACAUCGCGCCUGGACGCGCGGUGCAGGCGGGAGCUGGCGCAGCAGGCCGGUCGUCGGCCCCACGCAGGGCCCACGUCCCAUCCUCAGGGUCCAGCGCCCGGGUCCUACCUGGGAGGGGUCUCCUCCCACCCGCGAGCGGGGGGUCCCCUGAGGAUGCUGUCUGUAGGCAGCUCCCCGGGCUCCAUGCUACUUAGGUGUUGUCUGUCCGUUUUUCCGGAACAAGCCAUUUGUCCCCAAAAAGGAUCAAAUGGAAAACAUUAUAAAUACUCCAAAUGGUGGAAACAGGAAGUGGGACGCAAGCGAUGUAGCUAUUCACAGAAGACACACUGUCAUUUCUCCCCCGUAAAUACAUACUCUGCUCGUUCCCAGAAGCAGGCCUGCCUCAACCUGCAGAACGGCCUCCGCGCCCGUGGGACGCUGUGGAGGGCCGCUCCCAGAGCCGUGCGCGGGUCGUGGGGUGCGUUUGCAAAAGUGUCCAUGGCCGCGUCACUCUUCAACCUGCGAUCUGCGGGCUCCAGGUGUCAAAUAUCCGGUGACAGGAGGUCAGGUGCACACCCGGGCGAUACCUGUCCAAGCUGUAGUGACGUGGAGGGGCGAGUCACGCUGGACGUCCCCACCUGGUGGCCGUGA